GAGGGCGGGUGGACGGACGGACGGACGGACGCGCGCGCACUGGCGGCGGCUCGAGCGCCACAGAGAGCGAGACAGACAGACAGACUGACUGACUGACGGACUGACGGACGGGGAGAGAGGGAGUGAGAGAAUAGCGCCGUUGUUUGUCAGUCCCGACGGCGCGGAAGAGAGAGAGAGAGAGGAGGAGGAGGAGACUGAGGAGAAAGAGCGAGAGAGAGAGCGAGAGAGAGAGAGAUGGAUCGACGGGGAGCCGUCAGCAGCUGCUGCCGCCGCCGCCGCCACCGCCGGUUUUCUGUGGUGUUUUGAGUGAAGGAACCUGAGGAGACGGACGGACGGACGGACGGCGCGCGGUCAAGUCAAAGUCAGUUCAGAGCAACUUUGUGGAUGAUGGAAGCAACACUUGCUCUACAAUAUUGAAUUAGUAUGUGCAUAUACUUUGAAUUUAUGGAUAUGACAGGAUGAAACGCCACAGACACUUGAGCAGCAGUGACAGUUCAGACAAUGAAAGUCCUUCAACUUCGUGGUCCUCCCACUACAAGUACAGGAACGACCAACAUCCCUCAAAACGUGAGAAGAAGAAAUCUGCUGAGGUAUUCAGGAAGGAUCUCAUCAGUGCAAUGAAGAUUCCAGACUCCCACCAUGUGAACCAGGAUGAGUUCUACCUCUUGGCUGAUCAAUGGAAACAGGAAUGGGAAAAGGGAGUUCAGGUUCCUGCCAGCCCAGAAACUAUCCCAGAUCCAUCAGUCAGAGUGAUUGUGGAAAAAGGGAAGGAGACUUUGUUUACCAAACCCCGGAAAUAUAUCCGCUAUUCUACCUUGGAAACCUCAGACCCUGGAUAUGUUAACAUCCUGGAACUUGCAGACACUAUGUGCCGUUAUGACUUGGAUAACGUGGACAUUUACUGGUUACAGGCACUAAAUGAAGAACUAAAGGAAAUGGGAUGUGCUUUGAUUGAUGAAUACACUAUGGAAAGAACUAUAGAAGCAUUAGAACGCCAGUGCUACGAAAACAUGAACCAUGCCAUAGAGACAGAGGAAGGACUGGGAAUCGAGUAUGAUGAAGAUGUCAUCUGUGAUGUAUGCCGCUCUCCUGACAGUGAGGAGGGCAACGAGAUGGUCUUCUGCGAUAGGUGUAAUAUCUGUGUCCAUCAAGCUUGCUAUGGAAUUCUGAAAGUGCCUGAAGGCAGCUGGUUGUGUCGAACUUGUGUACUAGGAAUUUAUCCACAGUGUCUCUUGUGCCCGAAGCAAGGUGGUGCAAUGAAAGCCACACGUGCUGGGACCAAGUGGGCACACGUCAGCUGUGCCUUGUGGAUACCUGAGGUCAGUAUUGCCUGCCCCGAAAGAAUGGAACCAAUCACAAAGGUGUCUCACAUUCCACCAAGCCGAUGGUCGUUAGUCUGCAGCCUUUGUAAACUGAAGACCGGUGCCUGCAUUCAGUGCUCAGUGAAGAGCUGCAUCACAGCCUUUCACGUCACUUGUGCUUUCGAACACAGUCUGGAGAUGAAGACUAUUCUAGAUGAUGGGGAUGAGGUGAAGUUCAAAUCCUACUGCCUGAAGCACAGUAAGCACAGACAAACUCAGGACGGUGAAUCCGAGCAGAAUGUCAAGAUCAGUGAGCAGAAGCACAAACAGACGGAGACGGAAAAGAAAGGCUUGCGUGCCCAGAAGCUUCAGGAACUGGAGGAAGAGUUUUACACUUUAGUCAAAGUGGCCUAUGUGGCCAAUGAACUACAUCUUUCGGAGCGGGUGGUGGAUCAUAUUUUUGAGUACUGGAAGUUGAAGCGAAAAAGCAAUUUCAACAAACCGCUGCUGCCCCCGAGAGAGGACGAGGAGAAUUGCACAGGCCAGCAGAAGGAAGACCGCAUCCAUUCCCGAAUGAAGAUGUUUAUGCAUCUUCGACAAGAUUUGGAGAGGGUGAGAAAUCUAUGCUACAUGGUGAGCAGGAGAGAGAAACUGAAACUGUCUCAGAGCAAAGUGCAGGAACAGCUCUUCAACCUGCAUGUUCAACAAAUUGCUGCGGGACUACCUAUGUCAUUCCCACUGGAAGGAUUGUUAUUCCACAAUCCUCCUAGAAUCACAAUCAAAUUGAAAGCGCAAAAGCAAACAGGAAAUGACGCCAGUCACUCUCCUGCUGCCAGCAAUGGGCCACGUUCUGAUAAACGCAGUGUGUACAGUAAGAACAAUUUGUCAACGUCACAACACAACCCCAGACUCAGUGAAAGGAAGUUACAGUCUCAUCACUGGUCGAAACACGAGGACAGGAGCAAUGGGCUGUUACUGACUGGGAGCCACCACAGGCAGAAUGUUCCAGCUGGUGGUUCCGUGAUACCUCCUGAAUGUCAUCAAGCGCAGUCCUCUGGCAAGCCGUCGGCACUUCAUAUACCACUCCGCGGAAAAUCAUCCAACUCUAACGGAAAGUCGCGAGACAGUAACCCAGGGCUUCUGAAAUCAAAUGGUCUCAUGGGCAGAACUGGUGUUGUCAUUCAAAGAGACAACUCCAGCCAAACCUCCUGUGACAAAGUGACUACUCUUGCCAGCCAUUUUGCCAACCAGGAGACUUUCCAAAAAUCUAAAGUGGGAGAGUUUGGCCAACCUGGCAAAGACAGGUUGGAUGGUUUAGUGAGGACUUCAGAAGAUUUCCGAAACUCUGAAAAGUCUUUGAGGAGGGGGUCGACCAAGGACCGCUUGUGGAGCAAGCAGCUCUCUGAACACCAAGCCGCGGCUGCUUACCACGAUAAUGACGGAUAUUGUCCUGAUGUUGAGUUGAGCGAUUCAGAGACUGAAGCCGACGUGAGGCAAGAGCGGAGCAGGCUAAGAAAAAGAAGCUCUGAUGAGGAAAGCCUGAACCGUGACUACGGGAGAGACUCUAGGACACAACAACAAAGCAAGGACAGCAGAACUAGAAUAAACAUGCUUUGCCACAUCAGUUCAGUACAAAGGUGAUCAAUACUUGAAUGAACACUGUGCUAUCACAAUUGAGCCAAUAUUGCUAAAUUUUUAUAGCUCUGUAUGGGUAGAAAACAUUUUGAACACGAUGUGGGUUGCACUCCAGAGAUAUUUGCCCCGUGAUUAGAGUUGAAUGAUAAGUUUGUUUCUAUCACGAUUUUUAAAAGAUGUGAGUUUUACUUUAAAGUGAAUGCCUUAUAGUGGGCUGGGCAUUCUCAAACAACUGAACCUAUUGAAGAAACCUUUAAUCAUUUUUCUUGAUGACUGUUUGCCAUCGUUUCAUUAUUUCCAGUACGUUUUCAACCCAAACCAGCUGUAUUCAAAGUUUUCGAUAACCUUGCGAGGGAAAAUGUGUUGUUUCAGCUGUUAAUUGCCCAUAAAAAGUGUAUUGUUUUCCCCAAACUGAAAGCACUUGACUUGGUUUCAAAAUGGCGCAAUUGCAAUUGAUUUAAAAUUAAUUAGACAACAGCAUAGAAAUUGAAAAGUACGUGAAGAGUUCUGUAUUGACAGCCACUCUUGUUUCUUUAUUGUGCUAUAUAAAAUCCUUAUUUUUCUGCCUUAUAGACCAAUAUAAACCUUAACUGAGAGUUCUCAUUAAUUAAAUUCUGCAUCUCAAUCUUCUCCCACUUUGAUUUUUUUUUCUCUCCCUCCUCCGCCCCCCCCCCACUACCACCCUACAUCCAAUAGGAGGCAGGUCUCCUGUAGUUGCGUGAAUAUUUCUUUUGUAAUUAUGUCGAGUUUUGACUACAUUUCAGUUUUCUUCUGCUUCUAUAUGUAAUUCCCCACAUAGUCGGGUGUGAUGUUUGAGUUAGCUGGGGAUGGAAUAAUCUCAUUGUCAUAUAGAAAAGAGGGAUCAUUCUGUGCUGCUGUAACAGGAGAGGAAACAACUUUAUUUUGACUUNAAAAAAAGUUUAUGCCGCCCCUUUUAGUGUGAGAAUAAGGUGGUACAUUAUUACCAGUUCUUGCCCCAACCCGCAAAUGCGCCCAUUUCCCAUUGCCACAUCUCUUAACUUUAACUACACAAGUGUUACCUCAAAUCAAGUUUUCUAUGAUUUUUAUACUAUUUAAUGUCAUCCGAUAGCCUUCAAUCUUAUUAUUUGUUCGUCUCUUUGCAGGGUUUUUUUGUGCAGGCAAAGGUUACCGCAGUUUUGUUUCCGGGUAUUACAUUGCAGCAAAAGGAUCGUGGUCUCUACUGGCCCUCUCAAAGGAGGGAGAGUGAGAUUUACAUUUAACUCUUUUCUGCCAGGAGUAAACUGCGUUGUACUGUAACGCAACCCAAAGCUGACAAUUUACCAAAACAAAUCAAUAUAAUUAAAUUCAAGAUGAUGAGGAACACAACGGCAAAUAUGCUUAAGUCUCAUUUGGUGCUUUAUAUUUACGUUUCAGGCGGCAGUGAAUUUGCACAAGCUACUACAUACUGGAGAGGAGAUACGCUGUGUUACUUUCCCUCCCCAGCUCACCCUCUUCUCAUGUGCUGCGGGAUCGCUUUCAGUUUGGGAAAGCAAUUUUAAUCCACAGCUAUACUGACAUACAAAUGCAUUUGUAGCCUAAGCAUUCAAAAGCCGCUUGUGUUUUCCUGACGUCUUUGUCUACGAACAAUUGUUGGGCGGAAAUGCGGAUAGGGACAGGAAAAUCUCCUUGGUCUCCCUGGGCUAUCCUCUCAGCUUCACCUGGAACUAAAAUCUUCAUCUCUUUUCCCACCCCCCCCCUCAGCCCAAAGUCAUUUUUUUCUUUGUCAUUGCAUCUUUCCAUUUUGUCUUGCGUUUAACAUAUUUUGUGAGGAUGUUUUCCGGGCCCCCUUUUCUCCCCAAAUUCUAGCUGUAGUUUUGUAUUAUGCACAUUUCCCAGGACAAAGUACCAAAAACAGCCAUUUAUUUAUACUUUUUUUGGGGGUGGGGGCAGGUGGAGCAAGGAACUUAUUGUUGCAAAGCCUUUGCCACAGAAGUAGUUUAAUACUGUUCCCCUUGUCUCUGGCAAUUACUAUGCACAAAGUGCUAUCACCAAUCAUUUCUGCAGCAGCUAACACCAAGUUUUAUGUCUUGCCUUCAUUAGGAGUGUCAUUUUUUUGUUAAAAAAUUAUUAUUGAAAAAUAAAUAAUAAUAAUUUAGUCACUCAAUCCAUGACUGUUUGUGGGACGCUGCUGUGCACAAUUGGCUGCUGCGUUUCACUCAUAAAAUAUACGGUCAAUUCACUUUACAGUAUAUUCUGUGAAGUGCUUUGAGACGUCUCGAAGACGUGAUAAGGCGCUAUAUCAAACAAAACAAUUAUUAUUAUGAUUUGAAGGAGCCCGAAAAUUGUUACUGCUGUGUUGCUGCACGGAUCAUUCUGGAGAAGGGGUACAGGUUGUCCUUGAGACGUGUAUGAUGAUGAUUCAUGUGUUCAAAUUCACUGAUAAUUGUCUUUAAAGUAUGAAUUCUUAUUUGUUACCUAAACUUUUGUGUUGAUGUACUUCAGUUGUUUUAUAUAUUGAACUUUCUGGAGUUUUGUCACAGACAUUUUUUUCCAGGAUAUCCUCUUUUACAGGUAGUUUUCCGAUUAUUAAAAAAAUAUAUAAAAUGCA